GGGGCGGGAUGCGCAAGGAGCUCUCUCUCCGUGCCCCAGAGGCAGCACUGCUCGGGCAGCCGCUACGGGCGGUCACAGCGCCCAGCCUCCGCGGCUGGAGGCGGGCUUGGGCCGGCGCCCCUUUGUCACAGCCGCCGCCUGUUCCUCUGCCGCCGCGGGCGGGCAGCGGGAGGUCAUUUUAGGGGAAGGAAAGGCUUAAAAAUAAAACAAAGGAAAUGGGGGAUACAAGAGGCACAGCACCGGGUAACAGCCGGUUAAACCCCGGGGGGUUCAUUCAAGGUUGGUGUCCCUACUGAGCCCAGCGGGGUCCCGCAAGCCGCCCGCCUCUCACAUCGCCUGACACGGCCUCUGCGGCCGAGGAGAGCGGUGCCGGGCAGGGCGAGAAGGAGCCCCGGCGCUCAAGGGGAAGCAAGGAGCGGGCGGCACGCCCUGCCGCCACCGCCCGGCGGUGCUCUUCCCGCCCGGCACGGGGAAGUGACGCGGCCGCCUGCCCCGGAAGGGAGGGCACCGCCCGGAGCCCGCCGCAGCCAUGUAGGUACCGUUAGCGGAGGGGGACGGCGCCGGAGCGGCCAUGGAGGGCGCAGAUGACAGUGCCGCCGCGGCGCCCCCUCUGCCGAACCUUACCCCCCGGCACCGGCAGCUCAUCCCCACGCCCUGCGGCCCCAUAAAACCUUGUUCAGAGCUAUCCUUUCCUGUGAAGAUCUACUUCUGUGUCACUAUUUUGUCCCUGCUAAGUGUUAUAGGGCUGACCAUAGAGACACUUGUUCGACAGACUGAGGAGGAUUUCACCAUUUCUCUUAUUCAGUUAGUUGGAGUUGUGUUCUGUGUGUACUAUGUGAGCAGAGGAAUCCUGCAGGAGAAUCGCCAGGAGCUCAUCGUCUUUGUUCUUUCCAUCUUGCUGGUGAUGUUUCGUUCCAUCGUCAACUUCAGUGUUCUCUCUGCUGAGCAAAAGCCCAAACUCCUGGCCCGCUUCAUUCUGAUCCUCCUGGUUGGCUCCUUUGAUGUGAUCUGUGCCAUCAUCCUCAUUCAGAGUCAAAGCAUGAUGGCCUUCCGAGUGGGUGGUGCUCUAGAGAGCCUGCAGUCACAGUACUUCAUGCUGAACCUCUGCUUUUCCAUGCUGACCUUUGAUCUUCAGGCACAGCUCUGCUUGUGCAUUCUGCUGAUAAGCCUGCAUGAGAUCACCCUUCUACACAACAUCAUCUCAGCAACAGGGGUUGUGUGGGCCUGCCUGAAGGUGACCAUAGGCAUCAUUGCAAUUUUAAAAGAGCUGAAACCUCUGGUGUGGAUUUUCCUGAGUCAGAACAUCCCUGAAGUGGCUUAUCUCAUCUACCUGCUCUACACGGUGAUAAGAGAGUGGGGCAAAGGGAGUUCCUACACUCUGGAAGCUGCUUUCAUUAUCGGCUCUGGCAUUUCAGUCGCGAUCAAGUCUGUUUUGUUUUGGGCACUGAUUCACGUCUACCGCAGCUUUGGACAGGGGCUGAGAGAAAGAAUGUUUUCUUCCUAUGGAAGGAUUGACUCCUGAGCAUCCCCCUUGUGCUCAUCUGCAGCUCUUAAAGAGUGAAAUCCCACCUGGGGAAGUUCUGAUCAAGUGCUUGCACUGGGGAUGUAAGACAGUGGGCCAGUUUCAGAGGGGAAGAGGAAGCUGCUCAGAAAAAUGUCCACACAUUUCUUGGUUUGCUUUGUGCUGGGCAGCUAGGGCAGUGCAGUUGGUCACUGAGCAUGAGAGGCAAAGGCUAAUCCUCUGUGCUCAGGGAGCUGUGCUGACAGGACAGUGCAGGUCAGCACUCCCUGUUCUCCUGCUCUUGCUUUGUGACUGCAGCAGGAGGUUCACAACCUGCACAUGAGCUGUUCCUAAAAGUGCUGGGUGUGUGGCCCUAAGGCAACGUGGUGAUUCUAACCUGCUCACCCAUCUCCCAUGCCCGAGCCUGGCCGUGGGCUGCCCUGCUGGCCUGGCUCAGCUCACAUCUGUUGCUGAACAGAGGGCAAGCUCUGGAGCAGUUCUGAUGACAGCUGCAGUCCCUGCUCUCCACUCUGGCUGUGUGAUGGCUUAACUCUUACAGAAUGGUUAAGGCUCUUGGUCCUCCUCUGACUUCAGACUAUUCCAACUGUUUUUAGUCUGUUUUUAAUCCCAACUGCCCCCUGUACUCUGAUCCCCUCCUGCAGCGUGUCUAACCAAUGUGCCAUUUCACACACCAAGGGUGACUGUUAAACUAAGCCUUUAAUACUGGAAUCUGGGAGUUUGAUAUUCUGUUGAUUGGAACCUUUAGCUACUGGCUGUCUAUUUUUAAUAAAGUGUAAACACAG